CAAAACACAGAAUGUAUAAGACCUGUAGAGUAGGGGAUCAGGCUGUAGGACCAGGUCGUGUGAGGUUGAUGUGUUGAGGUGGUGCCAAAUCCUACCUAAAUGUUUGGGCAAUGACACAGUGUGGUAUUGACUGGGUGUCGGAGGGAAAGGGUGAUCACUGCUGGUGCUCAGUGCCAAUAAUUCCCAGACCUGGACAGAAUAUAACAAAGCCGGGGCUAUAACAGGCUAUAGUAAAGAUGGCACCAACAGCUGAGUGAAGAUGACCACCUGUUGAGUCCUUUACUUCCCCCUUGGACCGGCCCACGGACAGUGGUUAUCCCUAGAACUGACCAAGGCUACGGAUUCACCCUCCGUCACUUCAUCGUUUACCCCCCAGACUUCACCCAAGAAGACCAAUAUCAGACUGGAAAUGACUCCCAGGAAUAUAGCUAUGGAAUCUCCUGUAAGCGGCCCAAGCUGCGCAGACUGGAGCCUAUGGAAACAAUCUUCGUCAAGCAUGUGAAACAGGACAGUGUUGCCCAAAACGCCGGUCUAAACGAAGGAGACCGUAUUCUUUCCGUCAAUGACAUACCUGUCCUAGGGCAGUCUUACCCGCAGGUGAUAUCUUUGAUACAGACAUCCCAAGACCCCGUACUCAAACUAGACGUGUUACCCAGAGACGAGGAUGUUCUUCAAAUGGCUUACCAAAAUACAAACAGAAGUUCCCUACAGGAGCCCUUAUAUCACAGCCACAGCAGCAGCAGUGAUGGUAGCAGUAUAAAGACCCAAGGUCAACAGGUUUACUCUUCUCAAGUCCCCCAAGGGGUGACAGCCCCUGGAGAGACAGGAAGGUAUCGAGGACCAGAACGAAGGUUUUCAGCCUCAUCUUUAGAUGAGUAUGCUGAUUCAGAUGAGUUAAAAUAUAGAUAUCUUGGAUCUUCUGAAAAAACAAGGAAAAUGAAAUCCUCAACUUCUUACACAUCAGGAUUGAGUGUGUACAGGGAACCCCAGCUAAAGAGCAAUGCCAGCGGGGGUGACCUGCACAAGGUUGUUUUUAAUGACAGGCGAAAACAGUUUGAAUCACGAGCUAAGGAGAAUCUGCAAGCACCCUCAAAGACAUACUCACUUGGUUUAUAUUACCCUGCUCCCAAGAAGGAGUCUAUCCCCGUUAAAAGUUCUGAAGGCGUUCCAAGUUCUUCCUCUCAUUACAGAAGAUCAGCAGACAAUAUAUUACAGUCAAACGAUUCUCAGGAGAAUAUCACACGAUCAGUGACUGUCAAGCCACAAGGCAGAGUUAUUCCUCUUGAACAACGCUCUUCAACAAGAGAAGGUGUAAGUCAAUCACAACAGGAUUCAUUUAAUGUUGGAAAUUCAUCAACAUACACAUCACCUUUAUCAUCUUCAUCUUCACGCCACAGUUAUCCAGAUUCUUCAUCAGCAUUAGCCAAUCAGAGCUCAGCAAUACCUCACUCGUAUACAUCCCAAACCAGCGUGUCAGGAGAUAGGAUGAAAGGUGAGCCACAUCCUACAAGACAUUAUGUUCCAGUUGUGUCACAGACGUCAUCGGUCAGUCCAAAGCUGUCCACCAGUGUUGAUGGUCUUGACUCUCGUCCUGGUCAUUAUGUAACAGAGCGAAGUCUACGGACAAAUUAUAGCUCACCGACAUAUGAGCAACAAAAUCAAAAUGGCGGUGCUAGAACAUUUAUAGUGAAAAUUGGCAAUAAAACCAUUGAAACUGGAGGUAAUAAUCAAACCAAUGGCCAGGUGCCAGGGGGUGCCACAGUUCAGAUGUCGAAUCAAUAUGGCUCCACAUUUGCUCUGACCAAAUCUCCACAUGGUGCUCAAAUUGAAAUCAAACAAAAGGAAAGUAGGGAGAGACCUAUUGUGUCAUACAGAAAACAACAGUUUGAGAGUGGACAGAAUGACAAUGUGCAGGGAACCAACUUCAACACCUACAAAACAGAGAUAAAGAAAAUAACGUCAGGAAAAUUCACAACUGUCGCACGCCGCCUACAAAAUCUGGAAAAAGAAGGAGUCUGCGUUCGUAGAAUGUCAUCCACAGAAAGGUACUCCUCCCCAGAACCUUCAUCUGGGCACACGUCACAUUCUCACUCCUCAGAACGUAGCACACCACAGCCCCAAGCCCCUCCGCAGCAACAGACUGCCCCUAUCCGUAUCUAUGUAUCCCAGGGUACACCUCACUCGUCUUCGUCCCCACUGGUUGAGAUCAUGCAGAUGCCUAUAUACCAGGAUUCACCAAUGCAGAACGCUCAACCAAUGGAAAUGACAACAUCCAAAGCGGCCAUUCACAUGCAGGAUGAUGAUGUAGAUGGAAUGUCUGAGGAUGAGGAGCGUGGAAACAAACCAGUGAGAAAACCAUCUUUCCUGGCAGCUAUAAACCAACCAUCUAGAUAUGAUCAGUCUCUUAGUGAUCUGCCCAGCCCUGAGUCUCCAUUGGUCAGUCCGAGUCCAUGGAUGGGGUCACAUACCUCAAUCUCAAACUCCAGCAAUCCAGGCUUGUUGCCCUAUUCUUCCCUUUCAUCAGUUGUGUUGCCUCCCCCUAGCUCCGACUCUGACAUGGCUUUGACUAGUACCCCUAUCAGAGACUCCACUCCUUCUGUCAUUCUCAGGAAGAAAUCGGAGUCUACACCAGAAGAAGAGGCCAUCAAGUUACAGAGAAGAACAUCCUACCUGAUGGCAACAGCCAAGGACAGAGACAGCCACAAACUGUCAUUGGAUAAAUCCCAGUCUCCCAACCAAUCAGCUGAGCUGACACUGCAUACACCAAACAAGCACCACAGUAUGAAGAAGCUGAAAGCCUUCUUUGGAGAAAGGACUCCACGAAUCAUGGAGGCCACAGAGAAGAGACAGGACCCUGCCAGUCCCAUACAGGAAGUGCUGAAGGAGGGAACACUCCAUCUCAAGACCGACAUUACUGAUGGAAAGAGAAGCAGUGAUAGAUCCUGGAAACCAGUCUGGGUGGAACUGAGGGGUCACGCUUUAUACCUACACAAGGAGAGGAAGGAACAAGCAGGAGUGUCACACCCCUUCUCCUUUGAAGACCAACCCAUCUCCAUCAAGUCUUCCAUUGUUGACAUUGCCUACGACUACACAAAAAAGAAAAAUGUUUUUCGUUUGAAGACGUACAAUGGCUCAGAGUAUUUGUUCCAAGCAGAUGAACCUGAGGCCAUGUUGUCAUGGAUACGUGCUAUUCAGGAGAACAAUGACCCCGACUCGGAUGUAAGGGGCUCGAGGUGUAAAGUCAGGGAGAAAGGUUUAGGUAGUAAAGAUUUGAUCAUCAGGAAGACUAACCAAUAUGAAUCAGCUCAGCCCCUACCUAACGUGUCUGCCAACAAGACAUCACCUCAGGCUCCACCCAAAGCCACUAAAAAACUGCCAGUGCUCUCGCUGAAACCAAAAAUACCACACUCCCCCAGCAUGAAACGCAAGAAGGCUGAGAGCAAAGAUGAUAGCACUAAAGCAAAAACACUUCGCGGGAAGCUGAAGAGCUUCCGUAAAUAUGGUGUAUUAGGAUCCGGCCAUUCCGAAGAGCAUGAACAAUCAGGAAUGUUCGGACUGCCUCUGUCCUGUUGUAUACCAUCACCUAACAAUGAUUUUGUGCCUUUGAUUGUUGACCUUUGUACUAAAAUCGUGGAGGCACGAGGUCUAGAGGUGACAGGUGUAUACAGAGUUCCUGGCAACUCAGCAGCGGUCAACCACAUGCAGGAAGAACUCAACAAGGGCAUUGAUAACAUGAAUGUGGACCAUGAGAAGUGGUGUGAUGUGAACGUUAUCAGUAGCUUGUUGAAGACCUUCUUCAGGAAAUUACCAGAUCCUCUAAUAACUACAGAUCUGUACCAGAGCUUUAUAAACGCCAACAGGACAGAGAACCCAGAGCGACGCAUGCUCAAGGUUAAGAAAUUGCUUCAUGAACUUCCUGAGCAUCAUUUCGAGACGUUCAGACACUUGGCUGAGCAUCUCAACAAAGUUGCCUCCUAUGAUCAAACAAACAAGAUGGACACAAGAAAUUUGGCUCUGAUGUUUGGUCCAACUCUGAUUCGUCAAAACAACGAUGAUAUGGCAACCAUUGUUAAGGACAUGUCAGACCAGUGUCGUAUCGUGGAGAGCAUCAUAUGUCAUUAUGAGUGGUUCUUCAGCUCUUGGGACCAGGACAGUUAUGUCCCUUCGGAUGAGAAUUAUGAAGAAAACUCUCGGCCAUCCAACACCUCUUUUUCCAAGAUGUCUUGUGAUGAUGAUGACAAUGCCAGCAAUCCAAAAUAUAUUGUCUCAUCAUUUGUACAAGCAGCGAAAAAUCGUGUGAAGGGAGCAGAUGAGGUUGACUCUAGCCAAGCACCGACACCUCCAUACCGGGAGCGCAAUAUUGAUCAAGAGGUAGCUAAACACCGCAUAAAGACGCAAAAUGAGACAACCCAGAGUAGCCCGAAUCUCACUACUGUCCUGAAGACAAUGCCUCAACAAAUCCAGGUUGUUGUUCGUAAAACAGAAAAUCCAAGUGAUCGCCGGAUGGCAAAGUCGCAGGAGAUAUUAGAUCCUGAUUGGGAAUACAUAGAUUCAGAGCGACAAUCUCAAAGUAUGAUAAUAAAACCAAGGCAUUACUCUGAGGAUUCUCUUGAUAAAAAUGAUGAAAUGGAGUUAUCUUCCCAUGGUGGCCUCAGUAGUGGUUUCAGUGUAAGUCGUGAUACGAUAGAUCGUCUCCGUAAAAUUGAAGAGGAAGCAAGAUCUCUGCGGGAAAAGGAGGAAAAAAGAAGGAGAGAUUUCGAAAGGAGAAAAUUGGAACGACAAAAAGUCGAACAGGACAUACAAAGAACAAAAAAGGAAAUUGAAUAUGAAGAUAGUCAGAAUGUGGAUGAUUUACUCAACUCUCCCUCUGUAUGGCAUUCAGCUACUGAACUUCACAGACAUCAGCCUGGCGGCCAUGUGAGACAAGGCUCGGCCACGUCUGAUUACUCAAGUGUUUCUUCUGGUGUAGAUGUACAUGCAGGUCCAUCCUGGCUCAAGUACGGAACUGCAUCAGACCACAACGGUAGUGUGCCCCCCUCAAAUGCCAGUGGAGAAAAAGUUUUUAAGGACCCUAAACCUGGAGGAAAAUAUUUUGUGAUACAAAGUGUUAAUAGUGCUAAGAUUCCUCCAACUAAACGAACCAAUUCCUUAGAAACAAUGUUGGAGAUUGAGGAGGAAACUAAACCGAGGCAGUAUGCCAGAAUCACGACCAAAAGAGGUUCAGAAAAACCUCGCUGGGCAACUCGGGAGAGUGGUGAACAUAUACGACGUUCUCGUGGAAACUUGAGUCGUAGUAAUUCAGUGAGGAGAGGAUCAUUAGAUUCUUUGAUUGACCUAUUAGAUAGACAGGAUAAAAAAGUCUAUGGUUACAAUUCAUCUGAUUCAGAGGAUGGGUCUGAUCUUCUUAGCGACUUGACAUCUACGUUUGAUCAAAAGCUGAAAGUCUUGGUAAAUCCAAAGUAUAAACUGAAUGGUAGUACCAGUCGGCUGAACAAGAGUGAUGGUUCAGCCUCUGUUGCCAGUGACAAAAGUGAACGUAGUGAAAAAAGUGAAAAAGAGAAUAACGCUCACUUGCGUUUACCACCUCAGCUUCCUCUAGCGCUGUGCAAUAAAUUUGGUCUUUGUAGCAGUAAUGACAUGCUAGAAAAGCAAUACCGAGAUCCUAGCCUGCAUCGAUCUCCUGUACAGAAAAGUGAGGCCAAGAUUGGUAUUGCAUACCGCUUUGAGCGUACUCCCACAAACAGUGUCGUCCUGACAAACAGCAGAGAGAACAUGGGUGGGUCACCAAGUUUGGUGUCCGGGUCUCCUUACCCAGGUCUUGCCACUGAACCACGUACCACAUACAUGGUUGUGAACCCUUCUCCUGUGACUAUCCUUGACAGGUCAGGUCGCCACUACUCUCCAUCAGCUCUAUCACAAAGCAGGAGCAUUGCCAAAGCAGACAAUGGUCGUGACGUACGACCAAUCUCAAAGUCUGAAAAAACUGAAGUGAACGUGUCUUUGUCCAAACAGGUAAAGGACGGUCAUACAUCCGGUGCUGAGAGACCCACAGGUUUUUUGAGAACUUUUGAGAUAUGUGGAGAUAAAGCUUUAAAGGCAAGGUCAUCAAGUCCAGAACCGGCACGAAAAGUGAAAAGGACAAAGCGUAGACACACAGUGGGCAGUACAAAUGAUGAACAUUUUCGUGCUCUCAAAACACUGUCUAAACCACAAGAGGAGCCGAAGAUGACGGCUUGGGAACGCCUUCAACCGGGCGGCGGCAAAGAGAUUAGUAGUGCUAACCAAAAUCUGAUAUCAUGGAUGCAGAAUGAGCGGCUACGUGCCAGUGUUCCAGACCUGUCUAUGGGUGAGACUGGCCGCAGCAGUGCUUAUUGACGAUUCUAAAUUGUUUUUCUUUUUGUUGGAAUACACGCAUAAAACUGGCCUGUUGACAUUCGAAGAGGUUUUUACAAUUUUGUCUAUAGCAUUAGUUUCCUAAUUUUUUGCCAGCUUUUUUUCUUUCAUACCUGAUUGAUGUGUUACUAUGGUUUUACUUUAAAUACUUGUUUAAUUGCCAUGGUUUUAUGAUAGAUGGUAACCAUGGUAACUUUAAUUGACAGCUUGUUAUCAUGGUCUUGUUUAUAUCCUGCCAGUGCUCUUUCAUUGUAUAUUUCGUAGGUGUUUCCUGUAUAGAUAUCAGUAUAUCAGUAUAUAUCAUUGUUAUAAUGAAGCUUUACCUGUUGAACAGUCGUUUCUCUGUAUGUGAUAUCAUCAGCUGUUUGUAUUUUUUUUUUCAAUUUUUCGCAUUCUUUCGUUAAAGAAAAUACUUUUUUGAAGCUCAUGCCGAUCAUAAUUAGAGAUAUCUUAAACAUGAACUACCUAUUUCAUGGAAUUUAUUGCAAAACUGGUUGGUCUUGUAUGGAUAAUGGUGAAUUUUUUCAUUCUGAAAAGUCCAUAAAUUCAGACUCUUCAUUAACCACAGAUAAUAGAUAUGUGGUACUGUCAACUCCGUGGUCCUCAAGAUUGACUUAUUUGGGUCAAAACAGCCAACUUUGAACCUAGGCUUAAUUUUAACUUAUUGUAAUAGAGACAGCAUUGUUAUAUUUAUUAGACAUGGUAAUCAAUACAAUGCUUGAGAAUUUGAAUAUGAAGAUGUUAUUUCUAGUAAGUUACACUGUUUUUACACUUUUGUAUGUGAAGGAAAUAUGAUAAAUGUUAAAAUUCUUUGUUAACAUUCAGUGCAAUGGUAACUAUUCAUUUACAUAUUUUUUGAAGUUAGAAUUUCUUUUCAAACUUCUAGUAGCUUUAACGAUAAUUAAAUGUCUAAAGUGUACAUGUAUUGUAGUUUGGAGUCCAAACAAUUCGGCUGGUAUUGUUUUACUUACCUUAGUGUAUCACUUCUGAUUGUUAUAAUGGUAAAUUAUUUGUCAUUACUAUACUUUUUAAUCCUCUACUUUGGCAAUAUAGAUUUAAUUAUUUAUCAAGAUUAGAAAGAGUAUAUAAGUAGAAACAAAACAAUGCAAUACAAUCAGACCUGUUUGUAAAGACCACCUCUUUAUAACAUACCUGUCUAUAGAGGUUAACUCUGUAUAACAAAGUCCUGUCUAAAAAGGCCACCUGUAUAUGAUAAAUACCUGAUUUUUUAAGAUCGCUCUUAUUGGGGUCCCCAUAUACAAUAUAGAAUACAAUUCAUAGAAAUUAAACAUUUAUAUGAAAAGCAACUUUCCUUUAAGGUCACUUUUCUCUAAUCAUCCAUCUUUAUAGGUAGUAAGAAACAUUGAUGUUUACAACACACCUUAAACCAUGUGCAAUGUUUUAACACCUUAAAUUGAAAUCUUCAUUGUCACUAUUCUACUCAGAAUAAAAACAGAACUUAAAUUUCCUUGAAAAUAAACUAUUUACAGUUGGAAAAUAUUCUUUUACACAGAUACAUUUAAAACACUUUGCACUGAAUUUUUGACAAUGGUUUUAAAAACUUGCCUGACAAUGUUGGUAUUGGUACAGCACCUUUGUUGAAACACCUGUCACUGUGUGUUAGGUUAUAGACUGUGUGAUGUUAUAGUAGUGUAUAGGACACCUGAGAAUCUGUUAACAAGUACAAGCUGUUAUACACUACUGUCUGUUGAAACACCAACUCGAUGUACAGUGCAUGUAAAGCUAUCCUUUUAGUGCUUAAUGUUAUAGAUAUGUCAUGGCUAUCUGAUGUUCUUGGCUGUAGGCAUUGAACGUUAUAAAAAAUAUUUAAAAUGUUUUAAUUGUACAAUUUAGUAUUAUGCUUAGUUCAAAAUGUUUUAUGUCAUUUGAACAUCAUAAACUGCAUCUUUGUACACUGGUUGGUUUAUAACUAAACAAUGAAAAUUUAUGUAUAUAGCAAGGGGGCCUGGAGUG